GUAUAAUGGAACAUUCGAAGAAAAUAUGGAAGAAUUACGGCACGAUUCCAUGUCGUUUGGAAUAAUUUGUGCUCUUGAUUCACUUCUUAUGUUCGUUAGCGGUAUUAUUUACGUCGAUCUAUUCAAUCAUGUUGCUCUUAAUAUUGUUGUACGAAUGAGAAGGAAUUUCUUUGAGGCAACUAUACGACAGGAUAUUGGUUGGCAUGAUAUGGCUCAAAAUCAAAACUUUGCGGUUCGAAUUACAGACAAUAUGGAAAAAAUUCGCAAUGGCAUCUCGGAAACCAUAGGACAUUUCGUAAUGAUGUUCUUCGAUAUUGUCAUCAGUAUUCUAAUAUCGUUCAUAUAUGGGUGGCGUUUAACCCUGGCCAUUUGUGCCUAUAUACCAUUGACAAUGAUUAUUAACUAUUUUAUAUCGAAGUACCAAAGUAAAUUAACAACAGAAGAGCAGAACGUCUAUGCCAGGGCAGCAUCGAUUGUGGAAGAAAUCAUUAGUUCUGUACGAACCGUGGUUGCUUUUGGGGGUGAACAAACUGAAAGAGAUCGUUAUGAUAAUCUAUUAAAACCUGGCCUUAAAACGGGCAGACUCAAAGGAAUAUUCUUGGGCUUGGGAGAUUCAGUUUUAAAGUCAAUGCUUUUCAUUAGCAGUGCGGGAGCAUUUUGGUAUGGAGCUCACUUGAUUCUUGACGAUCGCUUUAAGGAACCGGAGGAUCAGGAAUAUACACCUGCUAUUCUGAUGAUUGUUAUAUGUGGUAUUAUUGUGGGUGCUGAUCACAUCGCUCGCACUUCACCCUUCCUAGAAGCCUUUGCAAGUGCUCGUGGCUCAGCUGUAGCCAUCUAUGAAGUUCUAGAGGCAGAAUCGAAGAUUGACCCUUUGUCAAGUGAAGGCAAAGUUGUUAACUCGGGUCUCAAAUGCGAUAUCGAAUUUCAGGAUAUUUUCUUUGCCUAUCCGUCACGUCCAGAUACCAUAGUAUUGAGGGGUUUCAAUCUAAAAAUAAACGAGGGAGAAACCGUUGCUUUAGUUGGCUAUUCGGGGUCGGGCAAAUCAACAUGCGUACAACUAUUGCAGAGAUUUUAUGAUCCCAUAUUUGGCAAAGUUUUGCUCCAUAAUGAGGAUAUACGCAAAUACAAUGUCAACUGGCUGAGAUCCCAAAUGGCCGUAGUGGGUCAAGAACCAGUGCUAUUUUAUGGUACCAUAGAGGAGAACAUAAGAUAUGGUAAACCGGAUGCAACACAAAAAGAUAUUGAAGAUGCAGCAAGGGCGGGUGGAGCACAUGACUUCAUAAUAGGUCUACCGGAGGGCUACAACACCGUUAUCAGCGAAAAAGGAGUUCAGCUGUCGGGCGGCCAACGUCAACGAAUAGCUAUUGCCCGUGCCCUUAUACAAAAUCCAAAAAUUCUUCUACUCGAUGAAGCCACAUCUGCCUUGGAUUAUCAUUCAGAAAAGUUAGUACAAGCCGCUUUGGACGGAGCAAGCAAAGGACGCACUACAUUGGUUGUAUCCCACCGUCUCUCGGCCAUUCGUAGUGCCGACCGUAUUAUUUUCAUAGAUAAAGGGAAAGUUAUUGAAGAGGGUAAUCACGAUAGCCUUAUGAAAUUAAAGGGCCGUUAUUACGACAUGGUGACAGCCCACCAAUACGAAAGUUUGCUAGACAACGAAGACACUGCUGAUAACAAAGAAAUAGAAGAGGUGGAAAAGGAAAAACUCUUGCCUGUUGAAAAGUCCGUUCCGAACGGAGUUAAUGUUCCACGAUUCUCCGAGGCUUCAUUGGAUAAAAAUAUGAUUCAGGCUUUUGCAGCACGCUGUUCUCUAACGGACCCAUCUCUGAAGGAAAUGGCGACUAUAGAGAGGACACAAUAUUUGAAAACAUUCAACCGUGUAGUACAAUGGGCCAAGCCCGAAUGGGGUUUCUUGAGCAUUGCUGCUGUAUGUGCUCUACUAUAUGGAUGCGCCCAACCGGCAUUUGCUUUUGUGUUCGCUGAUCUCUUUGGUUCUUUGAAUGAAAUCGACGAAGCAGAUGUCAUUAAUAACACCGGAAGAUCGGCUAUUAUAGCCAUCGUUGUUGGUAUAGUAGCAGGUGUUACAUGUUUCACACAAACAUAUUUCUUCAAUCUGGCUGGAUUAUGGUUUACAACAAGAUUGAGAUCUAUUACAAUCGGUAAAAUUCUUUGUCAAGAAAUGGCCUGGUUUGAUCGCAAGGAAAACAGUGUUGGUUCUUUAUCAGCACGUUUGUCCGGAGACGCCUCCGGAGUGCAGGGAGCUAUUGGUUUUCCUUUGAGCAAUAUGUUACAAGCAUUUUCCAACUUCGUAUGUAGUUUUUCCAUUGCAUUUUACUAUUCCUGGGAAUUGGCAUUGAUAUGUUUGACUACAGCUCCAUUUAUGGUGGCCUCUGUAAUUUUCGAAGCUAAGUACACCAAUAAGAGCGCCGUGAAAGAAAAAGAAAUUCUAGAAGAAACAAGUCGAAUUGCCACGGAAACAAUUGCGCAAAUUCGGACAGUAGCAGCUUUGCGGCGAGAAGCGGACCUAAUUAAGAUGUACGACCUGGAAGUGGAGAGAUAUCGCCAAGAAAUCAAAAAGAAACUACGCUACAGAGGUGUUAUAAACUCGCUCGGAAUGUCUAUUAUGUUUUUGGGUUACGCCAUUACUCUCACCUAUGGUGGCUAUAUGUGUGCCGAUGGCAGAAUUAAAUUUGAAAACAUUAUGAAAAUUUCAAACUCCAUGUUGUACGGUUUAUUCAUUUUGGCUCAAUCCUUGGCCUUCACACCUAUGUUUAAUGCGGCGCUUGUAUCUGCUGAUCGUAUAUUUUCCAUUAUUGACCGUGAACCGGAAAUUAAAUCACCCGAAGUUUCAUCGGCAAAAAAUCUACCUUUAAUAUCAGGAAAGAGUAAUGCAGUACAGGGUGUUAGCUUCCGUGAUUUACAUUUCCGUUACCCAACAAGACGAGAUCAGAGGGUUCUAAACGGUCUAAAUUUAGAGGUGUUACAAGGCAAAACUGUUGCUUUAGUGGGAGCUUCUGGUUGUGGAAAAUCCACAUGUGUGCAGUUGUUGCUGAGAUACUACGACCCCGAUUCGGGUAGCAUUUUUAUUGAUCAAGAUGACAUUCACCACGACUUGAGUCUAUCCGCUUUACGCAAACGUAUUGGCAUAGUAUCCCAAGAACCAUCCUUAUUUGAAAAAACCAUAGCAGAAAAUAUAGCCUAUGGAGAUACAUCACGCAACGUUCCCAUGGAGGAAAUAUUGGCUGCAGCAAAAAUGGCCAAUGCCCAUGAUUUUAUUUCAGCAUUGCCAUCUGGCUAUGAGACUUGUCUCGGCGCCAGGGGCACCCAGCUAUCUGGAGGUCAAAAACAACGUAUAGCAAUUGCCAGAGCUCUCGUUAGAAAUCCCAAAAUUCUUCUCCUGGAUGAAGCCACUUCUGCUUUGGAUUUGCAAAGCGAACGCCUCGUUCAAACAGCCCUAGACGAAGCUUGUUCGGGUCGUACCUGUUUAGUUAUAGCCCAUCGAUUAGCUACUGUUCAAAAUGCCGAUAUGAUAUGUGUUAUACAGAGUGGCCGUGUUGUCGAACAAGGUAACCAUCCACAAUUGUUAGCUAAAAAUGGCAUAUAUGCCAAAUUGUAUCUCAGUCAACCAAGUACCCACUAGGAUAAG